GCCUGCCUGCGAGUUCCCAGCUGUCUGUCCAGAGCGUAGUUCGCAGAUCGGAUGCGGCGGAGAGAUUGGGGAAGCGCAACGGAUCACCUGCAGGGUCCAGGAUACCGUGUCUACUCGAGAUGGAGCCUUUUACGUUUGUCGGAUUCACACUUCUGGGGUUUCUCAUCGCAGCCUCUUCGGCACACUUUGAGACCGAAUGCUACACUGCCAAUGGAGAAGAUUACAGAGGGCAGCAAAACCAGACAUGUCUGCAAGGGGGGAAACCAUGUCUUUACUGGAACGAGACCUUUCAACACCCAUACAACACUGUGAAAUAUCCAAAUGGAGAAGGCGGCCUGGGGAGGCACAAUUACUGCAGGAACCCAGAUGGGGACGUAAGGCCUUGGUGUUAUAUUGCUGACCAUGAUGAUGGAGUUUACUGGAAGUACUGUGAUAUUCCUACCUGCCAAAUGCCAGGAAACCUAGGAUGCUUCAGAGAUAGCGGAGAUCCUCCCACGCUAUCUGGCAGCAGUGAGACAUCCAACAAACUGACCAUUCAAAGCUGCAUUAGUUUUUGCCGAAGUCGCAGAUACAAGCUUGCAGGAAUGGAAUCAGGAUAUGCCUGUUUUUGUGGGAAUGAUCCAGAUUACAGGAGACAAGGAGAAGCUGUCAGCACAGAAUGCAAUCAUGUUUGUUUUGGGGAUCACACCCAACCAUGUGGAGGAGAUGGACGCCUCAUCAUCUUUAGCACAUUAGUCGGUGCUUGUGGUGGCAACUAUACAGCUCCAACAGCUGUCAUUUAUUCACCGGAUUUCCCAGAUAAUUAUGGCAGUAACCGGGUUUGCUACUGGACUAUCCAAGUCCCUGGAUCCUCCUUCCUCCUGUUCAAUUUCACCUUCUUUGACAUAAGAGAUGCUACUGACAUAGUGGAGCUACUGGAUGGUUAUACAAAUCAGGUCAUCUCCAGAUUUGAUGGCAGGAACCAACCCCAGGGCCUGGUCAACAUCUCUGCUGACUUUGCAAUUUUAUACUUCUAUUCUGAUCGGAAUAAUCAAGCUCAAGGAUUUGCUGUUGUUUACAAAGCUCUGAGGAAACAGGAUCCCAGUGUGGUUUACCUUGAAGAAAAGAACAACCAGACUGAAGCGGAAUCUCCAUCAAAUACUGAAAAAGCCAACCUCACAUUAAAUGCUGCACGGUCACCUCAGAUUUUUUAUGUGAUCACCUCAAGCCCCAGUAAACCUACUCAUAACAUGCCAGUGUGGACAAUCUAUGCAUUGGCAGCUCUUCUGACCCUGACUGUUAUAGCUAUGGUGGCAAAGGUUCUGCUACACCUAACAGUCAAAUCUCCAAGAAUCCCCACCAUCAGUGGCUCAGAAAGUUGCAACCAGAAUCCUUCCACAGAGCCAUGGAUAAUCUUCUACCGGCCCUCCACCAUCUCAUUCUUUAAGAAGAAGCUGAAAAAUCGCCACGGUGACCUCAGUCCCUUGGUUAGCCAUUAAGAGCAUCAUGCACUACAAAAGAGUGUUCUUCACAGAGACACCGGACAGCGCUGGGCAACCAUGUUCAGACUUUGCAAGCACAUCCACUGCACUUCAACCUUACCCAAAGGCUUUGCAAUGCUGUAUCACGCCAGGGAAGGCCGUCAGCUGAGCCACAGUGGGUGCAACCGUAGAGGAGGCCAAAAAUAAAAAAGUAACUGUUUUUUUGUGAUGGAGUUGCCUUUCGAAGCUUUGGUGCCUUAAACCUGGGAAAGCUGAUGUUGUUUUUAUUUAAAUUUUCAAGUUUUCCCCAAAGCAACGUAAUCUGAAGCACUUAAUUUAAAACUCUUUGGGUGCAGACACAGCGGCUGAUGUUCAACAAAUUGCUCCAAGGAGAUUUGUGUAACCUGGCAAAUACCAAAAAUCAGUAACUACGUGCAGAAGAUGGAUAGAGAGACACCAGGCAUCACAAAGCAUCUUGCAAGAAAUUAGGAACCCAAAGAGUGCAAAAACACAACGGCAGAUGGCCUGCAAGAAGAUUUUGGUCAGGGAAGCUCCAGGUUGCUAAAAACUUACCUGUUUGGGUAGCAGCCUUCUUUUCUGUGAAAUCCCCAUUUAGCUGUUGUGGCUUUGGCAGUGUCCCUGAUAUGUGCCACCUGAGAAGUGAUGACAUGAGCUGCCCAUUGUGAAAAUGGCAUCUAGAUGUGGAUUUGGAAUCCAGUAGGAAUACGCCACAUUCUUUCACUGAGGUGCACUGGCGUAGCCCUUCACUAACUUUGUUGGAUGUAAUCGGAAUGUGUGUUGUGGCUUUGCCUUUAUCAUAUUAAUGUGAAAAUGUAUAUGAGGGCAUUAGCUUGGGUCAAGGUUAAAAUGUUUCAAGUGCCUUAUAAAGGAUAGUUCAUAUACACAAAGUGGGUUUCAGCUGGCUGAACAGACAGGCUAGCUAUUUAACAGGCACCCACAGAAAAGGUUACCAGAGCAUGGUGAUUUAUAAAAUGUUAUACAAAUUGCAGUCAGUCAAUGGUAUAACCCCACCCACCAAGAAGAUGUGUGUAGACUGGUUCAUCAAAAUCCUUAACAGCUGUUGGAAUCCAAGUGACAAAGGUGCUACAUUGGUCAUCUUCCUUCUCCUGAGCACAACAGCUGGCAGCCUGUCAUUUGGUACCUACUGUAUGUGCUGAAAACUAUUCCAAGACUUGGGGGUGCAUAGCCCGAGGAUGGCGUCACUGGUGACACAUUCAUUACAAAAAUGUCUGUCAUGAAAGGACCUCCCCUUCAUUUUUAAAACAUCCAGCAACAUAGCAGUAAACUUUAUUCUGUCUGACUAAGUGCUGUUAAUAGGGUCCAAGCCAAAAGGCUGAGUUUCUAAAGAAAAUACAAAGGAAAACUCUAGAAGAAUUUUACAUGGUCAUCCUUCUGUGACCAAAGAACAAAACAACAAGGAAAGAAACUAAAGAAUUAAACGGACGAGGAAAGGAACUGAAGUCUUUCGUGUUGCAUUUAAUGCAAUUGUGUUCUGCUGUCGCUGAUGAAAAAUUGCUCAGGGUUACUCUUCAGUCUGGAGAAGCUGGCCGCAAGGAGUUAGAAUAUAUCAGCAUUUAAGGUUGAGCUAUAACAAAAGUCCCCUUUGACUUCUAACUGCAGUUAUCAGGAGUGUCAUAUUACACAGCUGCAGCCUCUCUGCCCUUUGCAACGUCACUGGACAGAUCCCAGGCCUUAGUUCAGGCAUGUUCUCCCACAUGUCUUUAAUCAUUAGUGGUCAAUUCAAACUAUAGGUUUGAAAUGAUUAUGGAGCCUCCAUAUUUAAGCAAUCAGUUUGUGUAUAGUGCCUUGCAGAGAGUUAGGUUACAUGUCAGUAAACAAAUCAACACCCCAUUAUUCACAUAAAGUACAAGUUGAAUUUUCCACUGUCUUUGGUACUGAGAAUGUGGUGAAUAUCACAGAGUAACUGUUAGCCUGGUGCAUACUGCAAUGGCCUAGAUAUUCUCCACCACAAAAACAAAUCUGAUUUAAUCAGAAAAACUCAUGUAAAGAAGAACUAUAUACUAAAUAAAUCUUGGUUCUUUUAAUUCCCAGCAAAUUUGAUAUUAAACUUAAAUUAAAGCUGGUUCUUUGCUGCCCCCUCAGCUAAUAUGUGCACUUGGUUAUGUUCUAACUAUUCUGCAAUGGGACAACUGGUACAGUCAAACUGUUAGUCUCUAAUGCCUACUAAUAAUUAAAUUCAGGAUGAAAACGCAAUAUUUAUAUAUUAUAAACUAAAAUUCUGCUAAGAAAGUACAUCAAACAAAAACUUGUUUCCACAAUAUUUAUGGAUUCAAUGCAAGUCAAUGAUAGAGAACAUAAAUAACUAAUUGAAACAUUACAAUAAAGAGGAGAAAAUAUAGAUGAACCAAACACUAUGAAAUGUUGCAAUAAUCCAAAAAAAUCUCUCAGUCACUUAUUAAUUAUAUUAUGAACACUUGAACAGUACUUGAUAUAUUGGCCUUUAAAUCUGUCUGCUUUAUUUUUAUUGCACCUUUCAAGCAAAAUACACAAUUGAUAAUUUAAAACAAAAACUUACUUACUAAAAAAAUAAAGAAUGUUUAGCAGCAUAAUUCUGAUCUAGCUGAAAUGAAGUCUAAGUUUGAGGAUUUAGACAAGAAAACAAAGUAUUCUAAUAACUAUAUACAGUACAGUAGACACAUUUAUGUUCUGUAUCCUCAAACUAUAACACAAAUCUCACUAUAGCUAUGAGUCUAAGAUAAUAAAAACAGGACUAUGCUACAAUGUUCAGUCAUGUCAUUGAAUACUAAUAGCCAAGGUCCCUAGCACAGCCUGAAACUGUCUGGCAACCUGUUAUGUCUGAGCACAGACAGUGUUUGAGAGUGGACCAGGAUAUAAAUAUACAAGUAAGCAGAAAAAGAUCAAAUCAAAAAUAAAAAUCUCAAAACCAAAAUAAGAGGUAUAAAUUUUGGUCAAAUAUUUAAAAUCAAAAGACAAAAACCAGGGACUAUGAAUCCCUAUUAGGGUGGAAUUAUUACCAGAGGACCCCUGUAAUUUUAGUCCCAUCCGAACCACUUAUGUCAGUAACCUCUCACGAAAUGCACGCUCACAUUUCAGUAAACAUUACAAACCCUUCUACCUUCUAUAAAGAGUCCACAAAACAUUACCCCAGCUUAAAAUA